CAGCUCUGUAAGCACCGCAGUAAAGGCUACAUCCCUGAUGCUGGAAUCUCUAGUAUUGCUGACCCUUCCAAUAUAAAUGUGCUUGAGCUCAGAACAAUUGUGCCAUCUCAUGUACAACACGCUAACCCUAACCAUAUGAUGGAUUCUGAAGUGCCGCACACAGACCUCUGUUCACGUGUUGUUCAACAGCUGCGACAAAUCCGUGUGGACCUCCUGCUCCUGACUGAAAAAUAUGUGGAAGCACAUGGUCUUCAUAAUUUAACUCACUUUGACUUUCCUGGAGGGAAUGCAUCCAUGGAUUCUGACAUGUGGGCAGAGAUGACCAUGGAGGAGAGACUACGUUCUAAUAUAACUGCUUACUUGGACUUUGAAAGACGAUUGAUGCAAGUGAUAGAAGAACAGGGUGACAACCUCUUGCAAAGAGAGGGUACUCUCCAUAGUGGUCUUCGUGGCAUUCUAAGACAAGUGUCGGCCUUGAGGUGCCAUCUUGAGCACCUUGGAACAACAAUGGGCCUUGAGAAAGAAUUAGGUAAAGGUAUAGAUGAGGUGGAUAGAUCGUCAGGGGGAGUCUUUGAAAGGAAGGUCAGGGGUUAUCAUGUUUUGAGGGAUCUGGAAGUCUGGGCACUGCGAAGCGUCAGAGACAUAAGAAAGUUGCAAAGGGAGAAAGGAAACCUGGCUAUCAGGGCGGAGACAUCUACAGAAACAAGUGAACAAUGAAUUAUAGGUAGAACUUAAACAGAGGGUACACGAAUGACUCAAGAAAAGACAAGACGCAGGUUUGACUCAUUACAUAAGGUGUGUGUGGGUGUAAGGAAGUAAAUUCUAUGUGGCCAAUCCAUUUUACUCAACAAAAUAUUUAAUUCAGGAAGACAAGUUAGUAAUACUAGCACAAGUUGCAGGGUUGUGUGCUUGUGAUUUAACCCAUGUUUUUGUGCUGCAAAGCUCCACAUCAAUCCCGUUUCUCUUUAUAUAGCCAUUACAUUAAAGGAAAUCUUUUUCAUUACCAGCCCAUGUCAUAGAGGCAGCAGCAGUACACCUCCUUCCGUGCUAGAGGCUCAGCCCUGCACAUCAAUCAUGAUAGGUGGGAGGAUGCGUGCUGCUUCCACUCGGCCCAACCUCUAUGACACUUAAGCUGGUGAUAAAAAGGGCGAUUUUAUUAGUUUAAAAACAGCGAUCAACGGCAUUAAAGGGGUACUCCAGUGGAAAACAUUUUUUUUUUAAAUCAACUGGUGCCAAAAAGUUAAACAGAUUUGUAAAUUACUUCUAUUUAACCCCUUCAGGACGCAGAGCGUACCUGCUAUGAUGUGGGGUCACGGGCUGGCCCUGCAUCAUAGUGGGGUGGUCCAGACGGCUAUCAACGGCUGGGACCCGUGUCUAUGCCGGACAUCCCCGAUCACCACUUCUAAAAUGAAAAAAAGCAUUCUCGGGCAGCUCAGUCGAGCUGAUCGGGAUCACCACGGUGAAACUGCAGUGUCCCCAUCAGCUUACAGGAUGAGGGGAAGGCCCUUACCUGCCUCCUCUCCAUCCAAUCUCCUCUGCGAUGCUCCAGGCUGGCUCACCAGGUUGGAGCAAUCAAGCGCAGAUAACACUGAUCAAUGCUAUGCUAUGGCAGAUUGCAUGUAAUAAUCAGAAGAUUGCAUGUAAUAAUCCCCUAUGGGGACAAAAAAAAAUGGUGUAAAAAAAAAAAUGUUAAUAAAUGUGAAUAAACCCCUUCCAUACUAAAAGUUGAAAUCACCUCCCCCCCCCCCUUUUCACAAAUUCCAUAUAAAAGUAAGUAAACAUAAUAAAAGAAUCUUAUCCUAUCCUUUGGAUAGUGGAUACGAUGUCUAAGCUCUGGAGUACCCCUUAAAUUAGCCUGUACGGGGACAUCUAGUGGCCCCUAUUAUAAUGGGCCAAAACCUAGGUAAUAGCAUCAACAGGACUAAAUUAGAGAACAUUUUGUAAUUGCUUGAUCUGAACAUGGCAAUAUUUUUUGUUGGGGACAGUGCCUCUUUAAGGGGGGCAGACUGAUUAACAAAAUAAAAAAAAGACAGUACUCACCCUAUUGAUCCUUCUUGUCCUCAUCUCAACCCACAGAAAAUGUCCGCUCAACUUAUUACUAUCUGCAGUGGUGACUCAGCUUUUUCAUUAAUUAACUAAGUGGGCAUUUCCCGUGUGUCAAAAUAGGGACCAAAAGAUGAGGCUAAGUGGGCACCCUGGCACCAUCAAAACAACAGUGGUGGAUCAGUGAGUUGAGUAAUGUGUUUUUUUGUUAGUUUGUUCUACUCAGUCUUUUUUAUUUUUUUAACCAAUCUUUCAUCCUUCCAGACAACCCCUUUAAAGGGCUACUCCACUGGAAAACAUAUUUUCUUUUAAAUCAACUGGUGACAGAAAGUUAUACAGAAUUGUAAAUUACUUCUAUUAAAAAAUCCCUAUUAAAGAAAAGAACUUCCUGUGUAUUAUACAGCAUCUGAUAAGCACUGGAAGGAUUGGGAUUUUUUUUUUUUUUUUUUUCAAAUCUUUAUUUAGUUUUUUCAACCAAUAUAAGACAAAGUUGUGAAGCAUAAAUUGACAAAGCUGUAAAUCAACAUUGCUUGAGCAUGAAUCGAAAAAGUCAAUACCUUCGAAGAUACAAUGAACUCCUGUUCACAAUCUAAGGCAACUAAAGGUGCUGUCAUAUGGGUAUACAUUUCUUAAUAUGAAUUAGAAGUAAUCUGUCUAGCGUUACCUCAAACUGCGUCAAAGGGCAGCGGUAAAAAGACGUUCUGUGUAUCUUUCACUUAUCGAAUUAAAUCAACAAACUAUUGAAAGUCAUUUGUAUCUAAAUUGCUAAGGUAAACAAUUAGCGAGUAGGAAAGAAAAAGAAGAGAGUUAAAGUGAAAGGUAUAGGAGAACGAGUAGGAGAUGAGAGAAAAGUGGAGGAAAGGGGGGGGGGAAAGGGGGGGUGAAGGGUAGGUCAAUGGACUAUGUCAUGGGUCUACUGAUUGCACUGGGAUACUGAGGUGUCACCAGCUCCUGCUGUGUCAAUAUUUGCCUGUAUUGUCUCCUUGAAGUGAAUCCAAGGGUACCACGUUUUGAAGUAUUUGUCGUAUGAGCGGAUACUCCAGCUAGAUAGUUCUUCUAAUCUACAAAUACUGGCUACCUUUGCUAGCCAUUCUUGCAAAGUUGGGGGAUUAGGCUGUCUCCAGUGGAGAGGUAUUAAUAAUUUUGCCGCUGCCAACAGAUGAGCCAGAAGUGAGUGUUUGUGCAGGGUAUUUCCCCCAUGGGGUAAGCCCAAGAGCACUAGCUGUGGGGUCAAGUGUACUUUUCUGCCCAGAAUCAAGUCUAUGUGUUGUCCCACUGCCUUCCAAUAAUCAGUGAUUGACGGGCAAGUCCACCACAAGUGUGAUAGAGAGCCAGUUUGCUUACAGUCUCUCCAACAUUCACUUGUAGGGGAGAGCCCCCAAUUAUAUAAUCGUUCAGGGGUCCUAUACCAUCUUGAGAUGAGCUUAAAGUGGUUUUCUUGGAGUUUCACACAUCUUGAAAAGCCAUGGGAGUUUUUUAACACCACUGACUUUUCCUCCGUCGUCAGUGACAAACCCAAUUCUUUCUCCCAGGACAAUGGGUACAAAGGAUAAGCAUUUCCCCCUUCUCUAUUGAUAUGGGAACGAAUAAAUGGGAGUCUAAUUUUAGAUUCCGCUGCUGACUGCGAUGCUGUCUCCAACCAAGUGGGGUCUUUCCUGACGACGUACACCUUGAGCAAUGCCCGGCACAUGCCCUGUAUAGCCUGUAUGUGUAGAAAGUGUAGAGUUCUAUUCGGUAGAAGGAAAUGUAGUAACUCUUGAGUUGGGGGUGAGUUUUCCAGGCAUAUGUCUUUGAUUGGGAUAGAAUUUAAUUUGGACCAAAUGUCAGAUUGUGCAUGUGUUGAGUGAGGUAAGAUGCUUGGAAUCAAAGAGCCGGGUAGUAAGGGUGAGAUUGUGUGCGAGGUGAAGGCGUCCCACUGUCUCUGUUUGUCAUAGGCCUGUUUCACCGUCAAUGUACCUACUAGCAGAGGGUUUGAAAUCUUUGAUAUGAGGUUCCGUGUGGGCAGCCAUGUAGCUUGGAGGUCGGACACACCAGGUGAAGGAUUGGGAUUUUUUAAUAGAAGUAAUUUGCAAAUCUGUUUAACUUUCUGGCACCAGUUGAUUUAAAAGAAAAUGUUUUCCAGUGGAGUACCCCUUUAAGGAAAGUUUAUCAAUUGCUUCAAUAGUAUUUGCUUAACACAAUCUUUAGUAAUUUUAUUGUGUAAAAAGAGUGAGUAUAUGUAAAGCGCUGUAUAAGUAAAAUGAAGCUGUGACUGUUCUAAAGAUAAAUACAUAUUAUGAUAUCAGCACUGGAUUGAAACAGAAUUUGCACUUUAAGCAGUUCUGUUUUUACAUUUAUUUGUUAAUGAUGUGUUCUAUAAGCAUUAUUGUUGUAAAUUAUUUCUACAAAUAAGCUUUAAUAGCUCAUUUGUUGGCUGCCUCUAAAUGCUAUCCACAGUUUGCCCAAGCUAGCUAUGUGAGUACUUUGGCAAUGAUUUAGGUUAUAUGUGCACUUUAAAAGAGAUAUCCAUCAAAAAGUUACUUAUCCCCUAUCCACAGGAUAGGGGGUAAGUAACUGAUAACGGAGGGGUCCGACCAUAGGGACCCCCACAAUCUCCUGAAAGGGCCCCGGCGCUCAGUGAGAAGUGCACGCUGCAGGUGCCGAAAAGAUUUGAGUACAGCACUCGGGCAUUAUCACUGCUCCCAUAAAAAUGAAUUAAGCAUGUGCCGUCUACCAGUAGACAACACGGGCUCCUCACUAAAAUAGAGCUGUCCCAACGGUAGGACCCCCGCAAUCAGCUACUUAUCCCCUAUCCCGUGGAUAGAGGAUAAGUAAAUUUUUGCUUGAAUUCUCCUUUAAUGACCCAAGAAGUCUGUUGCUACUGUGCAGGAAAUAGCAAAAAAUUGAGUUGUGCUUACUUACUGGAAAUAACAUAAGCAAUGAUUGGAUUCACUGGACUUCCAUAUUAGAGAAAGCUGUUGCAGUGCAGGACAGUAUAUAUCAGAAACUGAUUGAUUGUUUUUUUUUUGUUUUUUAUUGCGCUAAGCAAAUUUGAAAAUGCAAGUUAUGAUAUAAGAAAUAAAUAAACAAUGAA